AUGAGGCAGCAGGGCGUGCGCGCGGCCGCGCUGGUCCUGUGCAUCCUGUCCUACCUGCUGGUGGGCGCCUUCGUCUUCGACGCGCUCGAGUCCGAGGCGGAGAGCGGCCGCCAGCGGCGGCUGGCCCAGAAGCGCGGCGAGUUCUGCAGCAAGUACGGCUUCUCGGCCGAGGACUACCGCGAGCUGGAGCGCCUGGCCAGGCAGGCCGAGCCGCACCGCGCCGGCCGCCAGUGGAAGUUCGCCGGCUCCUUCUACUUCGCCAUCACCGUCAUCACCACCAUCGGGUACGGCCACGCCACGCCGGGCACGGACUCGGGCAAGGUCUUCUGCAUGUUCUAUGCGUUCCUGGGUAUCCCGCUGACGCUGGUCACCUUCCAGAGCCUGGGCGAGCGGCUGAACGCGCUGGUGCGGGGCCUGCUGCUGGCGGCCAAGCGCUGCCUGGGCCUGCGGCGGCCGCGCGUGUCCACCGAGAACAUGGUGGUGGCCGGGCUGCUGCUGUGCGCCGCCACCCUCGGCCUCGGGGCCGCCGCCUUCGCGCACUUCGAGGGCUGGACCUUCUUCCACGCCUACUACUACUGUUUCAUCACCCUCACCACCAUCGGCUUCGGCGACUUCGUGGCGCUGCAGAGCGACGAGGCGCUGCAGACGAAGCCGCCCUACGUGGCCUUCAGCUUCCUUUACAUCCUGCUGGGUCUCACGGUCAUCGGCGCCUUCCUCAACCUCGUGGUCCUGCGCUUCCUCGCGGCCACCGCCGACGCGCCCGAAAGCGCCACCAGCCCGCUCCGCCUGGGGGCGCUCGAGAGCCGCGGCCCCUCCAGGACCCGCCGCCCAGCCCGCCCCGGGGGCUCCCGCUCUAUCUCCCAUAGCAUCCACCAGCUGGAGAUGUGCGCCCGCGACAAUCUGGGCUUCUCUCCGCCCUCGAGCCCCGGGGCCGUGCGCGGCGGCAGGGCAGACAGGCCCCCGGUCCGGCGGAAUUCCAUCUGA